AUGGCCCCUCAAUCCCUUCCCCUCCAAGCAACCCUCUCCUCGCUCCCUCCCGUCUACCCGGGCGACCUCCGCGCCCAAACCCGGGCCCUUCUCUCCUCGACCACGUCGACGAUCCCGCUCCUCGUCGCCCUCGACGACGACCCGACGGGCACGCAGACCUGCCACGACAUCCGCGUCCUCACCGUCUGGGACGUCGACUCUCUGACGGCCGAGUUCACGCGCACCGCGCCGGGGUCGGGCUUCUUCAUCUUGACCAACUCGCGCGCGCUCCACACGGCCGAUGCCCGCGCGCUCACGGCCGAGAUCUGCCGCAACCUGCGCGCCGCGGCUGAGCGCGCGGGGAACAAGCCCUUCGAGAUCGUGCUGCGCGGCGACAGCACGCUGCGUGGUCACUUCCCGGAUGAGCCCGAGGUCGUGGAUGAGGAGGUUGGCGGCGGCGGGAGUGAUGCGUGGGUGCUGGCGCCGUUUUUCUUGCAGGGCGGCAGGUAUACGAUUGAUGAUGUGCAUUAUGUGGCCGAGGGAGAGACGCUGGUGCCGGCUGGGGAGACGCCGUUCGCAAGAGACGCAACGUUUGGAUACAAGAGCAGCGAUUUGAAGGACUGGGUGGUAGAGAAGAGCGGAGGCAAGAUUGUGAGAGAGAGGGUGGUGAGUUUGGGCUUGAAAGAUAUCCGAGAGGGCGGCCCGGAAAAGAUUGCGGAGCUGGUGGAAGGGUUUGAAAAAGGUAGUGUGGUUGUGGUGAAUGCGGCGGCGGAGGAGGACAUGGAUGUCGUGGUGCUGGGGCUGCUGAAGGCUUCGUCGAAGGGCAAGCGCUUCCUCUUCCGCACGGCAGCCGCCUUCGUCUCUGCGCGCCUGGGAAUCUCUCCUAUCCCUCCCAUUUCGGCGGAGCAGUUGAAGCUUUCUCGCGAGGCUGGUGGCCUGAUUAUUGCGGGCUCGUACGUGCCGAAGACAACGGCGCAACUCGAGGCUCUGACUUCCAAGAGCGGCGAGAAGUUGACGACGGUGGUCCUAGACGUGGAGAAGCUCUUGGCUUCGCCCGAGAGCUCUGCCGAGGCCAUUGCGCACGCUAUCUCGGUCGCGGAGAGAGAGAUUGCGCACAGGCAGGACGUGCUGGUCAUGACUAGCCGCAAGCUGGUGGUUGGUGACGACGCGAAGAAGAGCCUGGACAUCGGCUCGAUCGUUGCGGAUGCGCUUGUCAAGUUCUUGCAGCAACUGAAGAUCAAGCCGCGAUACGUAAUCGCCAAGGGAGGCAUCACGUCGUCGGAUAUGGCCACGAAGGGCUUGAAUAUGAAGAAGGCGAUGAUUGUGGGUCAGGCUGCGGCAGGUGUCCCAUUGUGGCGCUGCGACGAGGAGACUUGCAAGUACCCUGGACUGCCGUAUGUUGUUUUCCCGGGAAAUGUUGGCGGGAACGAUACGCUCUACGAAGUGGUCAAGGGCUGGCGGGUAUAG